AUGGCGUUGAACUUGUCACACAACUCAGAAAAGGACGCCGAUAAUGUCAUUUAUGGUAAACAUGUAUCUGACGAAGAAAGCCAAACUCGUCCUCCUAGUAUAGUAGGCGAUGUGGUGGUUGAUCGGGCUACUAUCGGGAAGCAACUGGCGUUGGAGGCAGAGAGUGCUAUCAAAUACCGGACAUGCAGCUGGCAGAAGACCGCAGCAUUGCUCUUCUCCGAGUAUAUUUGUCUGGCUAUUAUGUCGUUUCCCUGGGCGUACUCCGUCUUAGGUCUAGUUCCGGGUCUGAUCCUGACGGUUUUUGUCGCUCUCGUUGUGUUGUAUACAUCACUCACAAUCUGGCGAUUUUGUUUGCGUCACCCUGAAAUUCGCGAUGUCUGCGACAUUGGUCAAUAUCUGUUCUGGGAUUCUAAGAUUGCCUGGUGGGCUACUGCUGUGAUGUUCUUGUUAAACAAUACCUUCAUUCAGGGACUGCAUUGUUUGGUCGGCGCCGAGUACCUAAACACCAUGACCGGUCAUGCAACUUGCACUAUCGCCUUUUCCUGCAUCAUUCCGAUCAUCUCGUUUUUCUUUUCCCUGCCUAGAACGUUCAGCGGUCUCUCCCACAUGGCCACAGUGUCUGCAUUUUUCACAUUCAUUUCAGUCCUGCUGGCUACCAUCUUUGCCGGGAUUGAGCCUCGCCCGGCAGGGUACACUGAGGCACUGGGUAAACCUAUAGUAACGGCCUUCCCCGUUUCCGGUACCACAUUCGUUAGUGGCAUGAGUGCUUUUCUCAACAUCAGCUACACCUUCAUCGGCCAGAUCACGCUGCCAAGUUUUAUUGCAGAAAUGAAGGAGCCCGAGGACUUUUGGAAGUCUGUCACUGCUGUCACCAUAGCCGAGGUCAUUGUUUUCAGUAUUGUCGGAGCCGUCAUCUACGCUUAUACUGGAAACCAGUAUAUGACAGCCCCCGCCUUCGGCUCCUUGGGAGAUGACGUGUAUAAGAAGGUGGCGUUCUCUUUUAUGAUUCCGACUCUCAUCUUCCUAGGUGUUCUCUACGCCUCUGUUUCUGCUCGCUUCGUGUUCUUGCGCUUCUUUGAGGGCAGCCGCCACAAGUCGCAACAUACCGUUGUUGGAUGGGCGUCAUGGGCUGGAAUUCUUGCUGUUCUCUGGGUUCUUGCCUUUAUAAUUGCUGAAAUUGUUCCCUUCUUCUCGGACCUUGAGUCGAUUAUGAGUUCGCUCUUUGACUCAUUCUUCGGCUUCAUCUUCUGGGGUGUGGCGUACCUUCGCAUGCGGGCGGAAGACCAUGGUUCGAACUUUUACAAAGUUCGUGGCAUUCGCGGUUGGAUUGGAGUGAUUGUGAAUCUCUUUUUGAUCGCCGUCGGUCUUUAUUUCUUAGGCGCGGGCACCUACGCAUCUAUUGAAAGUGUCAUCCUGAGUUACCAGGAAGGCGGAUUUGGUGGACCAUUCUCGUGCGCCGACAAUGGCCUUUAG